CCGGAAGCAGGAAGUGGUCGGCCCAUCCUCCUCGCCCGGCGGCUGCUGUCCCCGAGGCGGGAGGAGCCCGAGGGGGCGCGGGCCCGCAUCUUUUUCCAGCUCCAGCCCUGUGUUCUUUGCCGUAUGCUGAACUGUACUCCAGCAGAGGAUGGUGAGCCCUGGAAGGUUUCCAGCGUGAACCAGUUUAAGCCACUCCUCUGAACGUCCCCCUGUGGCAAAGCUCACUUCUGCCAGAGUCGGACCCUCUUUCCGGAGGGAUUUUGUAUUCGAAGACAUGGAUCUUGCUGCCAAUGAGCUCAGCAUUUAUGACAAACUUGCAGAGACUGUUGACUUGGUGAGACAGACAGGCCAUCAGUGUGGCAUGUCUGAGAAGGCAAUAGAAAAAUUUAUCAGACAGCUGCUGGAAAAGAAUGAACCUCAGAGGGGGCCGCCCCAGUAUCCUCUCCUUAUAGCUGUGUAUAAGGUCCUUGUAACCCUGGGAUUAAUCUUGCUCACUGCCUACUUUGUGAUUCAGCCUUUUAGCGCAUUGGCACCUGAACCGGUGCUUUCCGGAACUCACACCUGGCGCUCACUCAUCCAUCACAUUCGGCUGAUGUCCUUACCCAUUACCAAGAAGUACAUGCCCGAAAAUAAGGGCGUUCCUCUGCGUGGGGGAGAUGAAGACAGAGCCUUUCCAGACUUGGACCCCUGGUGGACAAACAGCUGCGAGCAGAAUGAGUCGGAUCCCAUCCCCGCCAACUGCACCGGCUGUGCCCAGAAGUUACCCCUCCAGGUGGUGCUCUUGGGAGACACCCCACAGAAAUUUGAGCGACUCCACCCUCUGGUGAUCAAGACAGGACAGCCCCUGUCCUCUGAAGAGAUGCAGCACUUCCUAUGCAAAUACCCCGAAGCCUCGGAAGGCUUCACUGAAGGCUUUCUCACCAAGUGGUGGCGCUGCUUCCCGGAGCGGUGGUUCCCAUUCCCUUACCCAUGGAGAAGACCACUGAACAGAUCGCAAAUUUUACAUGAACUUUUGCCUGUUUUCAACCACCUGCCAUUUCCAAAAGAUGCCUCCCUAAAAAAGUGCUUUCUUCUUCACCCAGAACCUGUUACGGGGAGUAAGAUGCACCGGAUGCAUGACCUGUUUACCAUCGGCAGCGGGGAGGCCAUGUUGCAGCUUAUCCCUCCCUUCCAGUGCCGAAGACACUGUCAGUCCGUGGCCAUGCCAGUAGAACCAGGGGAUAUCGGCUAUGCCGGCGCCUCCCACUGGAAGGUCUACAUCAUAGCCAGAGGGGUGCAGCCUUUGGUUGUCUGCGAUGGAACCACGGUCUCAGAACUAUAGGAAGCAGAAUUCUAUGCGGAGCAGCUUUGAGAGCUGAAGGCCAGAUUGAAAGAGGGGAAAUAAAAACAAGCGCUGAAACCACUGUCCAGGGGUUGGUCACUGAGUUCCCUGCCCUUUGCAUGUGCGUGUGAGCCAGCUGUGUGCUGGAGGCAGGAGCCAGGACCUCGCCAGCCCCCGUCUGUGAGACUGAACUCUUCCAGCCGCUGGGCUCGGUGGCCUGGAGGCUGCCUCCAGGCAGGAAACAGGGCUGGUGCCUGCCUCCGCUCGCCCGGGCGCCGUCCCACUGCCGCUUCCCUGGCCGCGGAGAGGACAGCCCGCAGGGCCGGUCACAGCCACCCGUCACCAGGGGGCCUGCUCAUGCCCCUUUCUGGCCACAUCGCCCUGUACUUGUGCAGAAGGCUGACUCAAGAACUCUGCGGUUUAUCAAGCAGAAUGGAAUCCAGAACCAGCGGAGGGGAACACAACAUCAAAUAACCUCACUGCACGCGGGAGCUUACGCUCCUUUCCCGGUGUGAGUCCUGAGGGUCUCUGUCCGCUUCAUCGGGGUCAGACGCCGCCCCCCUCCCUUGCCUGUCCCCAGAGCUUAGCCUCUCGUGCCCUCCCUUGGCCGGGCCGCAGCCCUUUCCCGCUGAGGCAGCACUGCUCCUGCGGCCCGUGCUGCCUUGACCGAGUGUCUUCCCCGGGGAGAGGGCGCCUCCCUGGGUUUGAUCGUUAGGGUCUGACUUGUGCAGAGAAGAUGUUUUACAGAUGUGUCAGAGCUGAUGUGAUGUGGCUGAGGGAGGAACUCCAGGCCCAAAGCGCUUGUCAGCCGGGCUGCAACUGACUUUGUGACCCUCUGUCUCAACACGAUGUCCCCCUUCGUCCUGGGGAACCAGGGGAGGUGGUUUUAUUUUUGUAAUGCUAUAUAAAGCUCUGUUGUGAUUGGC